ACUGUCGAGCUUCAGAAAUGGCUUCCGGAACUGUGCCAACAUCGUUUUCCUCGCUCAAGACAUGGGAUUCCAGUCUGGGCUUUGCAAAAAACGUUGAUUUUGUGAGAGUUUCCGAUUUGAAGAGCAUGUAAAGCUGCGAGGAAAAGGGUAUCGAUCAUCAGAACUCGAAUCCUGCGGAUAUUGUUGAACUUCAACCCGCUUCCAGGAAGUCCCUUUUGGUUCCUAGGCAAAAGUAUUGUGAAUCACUACACAAAACUGUCCGGAGAAAAACUAACACAGUGAUGGUUGGUAACGUGGCUAUUGGUAGCGAGCAUCCUAUAAGAAUUCAGACCAUGACUACAACUGAUACUAAGGAUGUUGGAACAGUUGAACAGGUUAUGAGAAUAGCAGAUAAAGGAGCUGAUAUUGUACGAAUAACAGUUCAAGGGAAGAAAGAAGCCGAUGCAUGCUUUGAGAUUAAAAACACCCUUGUACAGAAAAACUACAACAUACCGUUGGUGGCAGAUAUUCAUUUUGCUCCUACUGUUGCUUUACGGGUAGCUGAAUGCUUUGAUAAAAUUCGUGUUAACCCUGGAAACUUUGCUGAUAGACGAGCUCAAUUUGAAAUAUUAGAGUACACAGAAGACGACUAUCAGAAAGAACUUGAGCAUAUUGAGAAGGUUUUCACACCAUUGGUUGAGAAAUGUAAGAAAUAUGGAAGAGCAAUGCGCAUUGGGACAAACCAUGGCAGUCUUUCCGAUCGUAUAAUGAGCUCCUAUGGUGAUUCUCCUAGGGGGAUGGUAGAAUCUGCUUUUGAAUUUAGGAUAUGCCGAAAGUUGGACUUCCACAAUUUUUUUUUUUUCUAUGAAAGCAGCAACCCAGUUAUCAUGGUUCAGGCAUACCGCUUACUUGUAGCUGAAAUGUAUGUUCAAGGCUGGGAUUAUCCAUUACACUUGGGAGUUACUGAAGCUGGAGAAGGUGAAGAUGGUAGGAUGAAGUCUGCAAUUGGCAUUGGAACUCUUCUUCAGGAUGGAUUGGGGUGAUACAAUUGGGUUUCUCUCACAGAACCACCAGAGGAGGAGAUAGAUCCUUGCAGAAGGUUGGCAAAUCUUGGAAUGAGAGCUUCUGAACUCCAGAAGGGAGUGGAACCUUUUGAAGAAAAGAACAGGCGUUAUUUUGACUUCCAGCGCCGAACUGGUCAAUUGCCAGUGCAAAAAGAGGGUGAGGAGGUGGAUUACAGAGGUGUCCUCCACCGUGAUGGUUCUGUUCUGAUGUCAGUCUCAUUGGAUCAGUUAAAGACGCCAGAGCUCCUCUACAAGUCUCUUGCUGCCAAACUCAUUGUUGGCAUGCCAUUUAAGGAUCUGGCAACUGUAGAUUCAAUUUUAUUACGGGAACUUCCUCCACUAGAUGAUGCUGAGGCUCGACUAGCUCUCAAGAGACUCGUCGAUAUUAGCAUGGGGGUUAUAACUCCUCUGUCGGAGCAGCUAACAAAGCCAUUACCCAAUGCAUUGGUUCUAGUAAACCUGAAGGAACUAUCUACAGGAGCUUAUAAACUUUUGCCACAAGGGACACGCUUGGUUGUGUCAGUAAGAGGUGACGAGUCUUUUGAAGAACUGGACAUUCUUAAAGGUGUUGACGCUACUAUGCUUCUCCACGACCUGCCUUAUACCGAAGACAAAGUUAGUAGAGUGCAUGCAGCCAGGCGGUUAUUUGAUUUUAGCCGACAACUCUCUAAACUUCCUGUUAUUCACCACAUCAGUUUCCAAAUGGGAUUCACAGGGGAUGACUUGGUAAUUGGUGCUGGUUCUGAUGCUGGGGCCCUUCUGGUUGAUGGGCUUGGAGACGGGCUUCUUCUGGAAGCGCCAGACAAGGAUUUUGAAUUUAUUAGAAACACUUCUUUCAAUUUGUUGCAAGGCUGCAGAAUGAGAAAUACAAAGACAGAGUAUGUCUCAUGUCCAUCCUGUGGCAGAACGCUGUUCGAUCUUCAAGAAAUAAGUGCAGAAAUUCGGGAGAAGACCUCACAUCUCCCCGGGGUUUCGAUUGCAAUCAUGGGAUGCAUUGUAAAUGGACCCGGUGAGAUGGCUGAUGCAGACUUUGGGUAUGUGGGAGGCACUCCUGGGAAGAUCGAUCUCUAUGUUGGAAAGACAGUGGUGAAGCGUGGAAUUGAAAUGGAGCAUGCAACCAAUGCAUUGAUUGAUCUAAUAAAAGAGCAUGGACGCUGGGUGGAUCCUCCUGUAGAGGAGUAAAAGAGGGAGUUCAAUUUUGAGAUUGGCAAGUAAGGUGAUUGUAAGAUAGUUAUUGCACGUAGGUAAGUUAAACACUGAAAGCUUAAGUUGCAACAUAGUUUGAAAUUCCUUCUACCAAAUAUUAUCCCAACGCUAUCUAUCUUGGGACGGGGAAAUCAACAGUUACAUCAUCUAUACAGACAAUACAGUGUUUCUUUGCCCCCAUCAAUAAUACCAAUAAUAACACUUGGAAUAUUCCUGUGAUAUCAUUUGUCCAUAUUGGACUAUUAA